CAGACAAGUCAUCUUGUACUUAGUUGGAAAACGAAAAUCAAUGCAGUAAUUAAGGACAUGAUGCUUGCAAACUUGGGAUGAUCUACUCAUCCAUCAGCGUAUUAUUGAUUAAGGAAACUCGUGGUCAUGUACGUGUUGUGCAGACGAAAGUAAUAGGAAUAAAGAUUAAGAUGGCACUCCUACCGUCACUUGUAUUUGCAUUGCUGUGCAUUCGUGGCGCUGUGGUCCCCUUUUGCGAUGCACGCGCUCCAGCUGCAGCUCACAACGGCGAAGCAACUUUUGAGCGGCCUAUUGGAAUAGAGGUGAAACUUGAAGAUAAACGAGUCAGAGCGGUUGGCGAUGUUACAGCAAGACCACUUCUGCCAAGAGAACGGCCUGAUUGUGCUAGAGGCGACGACGAAGCUUCGUCCUGUGUGUCAAGAGAUCGUCCUGAGAAUCAAAACGAGCCAGCGCAGGAUCGGUCGCUCGGAAUUACCCCGUUUCCGGUAGAAGCAGCUCGUCCCCCAUUCCAACAUCACACGAAUGACAACCGCUAG